AUGUCAGAACCUUUCGUCCACAAAGUGGGAGAGCCUCGGAUAAGCGGACUGAGAGCGAUUUAUAUCGUGGGUCCAUCCUCGACAGGCAAAACGACCCUCUGCAACGCGCUCGCCACAUGUCUGGGUCUACCACCCAGCAUGCAUAUCACCGAGGUGGCGCGUACGGUAAUGAAGGAGCAGGGCUUUACGCGCGCCGACGUUCAUUCUCUAGACAUGCAGCAUGCUAUUGUAAAGGCCCAGGUUUCUAAAGACCGAGAAACACGCCGAAAGGCGGCGGCCGAGGCUACAGUCCUCGGGCAGGCAGUUAUUCUUUCGGACAGGUCGGCGGUGGACGCAGUGGUAUACGCUGCACUAUCCGAAUUGAAAGCCAAGUCAGGCAGCACCCAGGCGCUCAUUUCUAGUGCAGAUUUCCAGGAAGUUCUGCCUUUCUAUCGUUCACCACGGAGUACAUUUGUGCUGUUACGACCGAUAAAGGAAUGGAUGAUAGACGACGGAGUUCGAAGCUUGGAAGACGGAGAGCAUUGCCAUGAUAUGUUUGUGAGGAUUUUGAAGGAGCUGAAUAUUUCAUACAUUGAAUUGGGAGAAGAUUGUCGAUGGUUAGAGGAACGUAUCGCAGCUGUAAGACGAGGUGCCAGUUAUAUGUAA